UAACUCAUGGCCAUGGGCUGCCCUGCGAGACCCUUAGUGCCCGUUGCCAUCCCUAAUUCCACCCUGUUUUGUCUCCCUUGCCAGCAGCUAUUAAUGGAAGACCACGGGGUGACGCAGACAGAGCACAUGGCCACCAUCGAGGCUCACGCAGUGGCCCAGCAGGUGCAGCAGGUCCACGUGGCCACCUACACGGAGCACAGCAUGCUGAGCGCCGACGAAGACUCGCCCUCCUCGCCCGAGGACACGUCCUACGACGACUCGGACAUCCUCAACUCCACGGCCGCCGACGAGGUCACGGCCCACCUGGCUGCAGCAGGCCCCGUGGGGAUGGCGGCGGCCGCGGCGGUGGCCACGGGCAAGAAACGAAAGCGGCCCCACGUCUUUGAGUCCAACCCGUCGAUCCGCAAGAGGCAGCAGACGCGUUUGCUACGGAAGCUCCGAGCCACGCUGGACGAAUACACCACCCGAGUGGGGCAGCAGGCCAUCGUUCUGUGCAUCUCUCCCUCCAAGCCCAAUCCUGUCUUCAAAGUAUUUGGUGCUGCACCCUUGGAGAAUGUGGUCCGCAAGUGCAAGAGCGUCAUUCUGGAAGACCUGGAGUCGGCGCUGGCGGAGCACGCCCCGGCGCCUCAGGAGGUGAACUCGGAGCUGCCGCCCCUCACCAUCGAUGGCAUUCCCGUCUCCGUGGACAAGAUGACCCAGGCGCAGCUGCGAGCGUUCAUCCCCGAGAUGCUCAAGUACUCCACGGGCCGCGGGAAGCCAGGCUGGGGCAAGGAGAGCUGCAAGCCCAUCUGGUGGCCCGAGGACAUCCCGUGGGCCAACGUCCGCAGCGACGUCCGUACGGAGGAGCAGAAGCAGCGGGUGUCGUGGACCCAGGCGUUGCGGACGAUUGUGAAGAACUGCUACAAGCAGCACGGGCGCGAGGACCUGCUCUACGCGUUCGAGGAUCAGCAGACACAACAGCAGACCACAGCCACACACAGUAUAGCACACCUGGUGCCGUCGCAGACGGUGGUACAAACCUUCAGUAAUCCCGAUGGCACCGUGUCCCUCAUCCAGGUUGGCACCGGUGCCACGGUUGCCACACUGGCUGAUGCCUCAGAGUUGCCAACCACAGUCACCGUCGCACAAGUCAAUUAUUCUGCAGUGACCGAUGGAGAGGUGGAGCAGAACUGGGCAACGCUACAGGGGGGCGAGAUGACCAUCCAGACGACGCAGGCAUCGGAGGCCACGCAGGCAGUGGCAUCGCUGGCAGAGGCGGCGGUGGCAGCGUCGCAGGAGAUGCAGCAAGGAGCAACUGUUACCAUGGCACUCAACAGCGAAGCAGCCGCCCACGCCGUAGCCACGCUCGCUGAAGCCACCCUGCAAGGCGGAGGGCAGAUCGUCCUGUCCGGAGAAACCGCGGCAGCAGUGGGAGCGCUCACCGGAGUCCAAGACGCCAACGGCCUCGUGCAGAUCCCGGUCAGCAUGUACCAGACGGUGGUGACCAGCCUGGCGCAGGGCAACGGCCCCGUGCAGGUGGCCAUGGCGCCCGUCACCACGCGGAUAGCGGACAGCGCCGUCACCAUGGACGGGCAGGCCGUGGAAGUGGUGACCUUGGAACAGUGACGCCGGCCGCGGCCCCCAGCACGGUGAAUUUUUUCCUCUUCUGUUUUUGUU